AUGAAUGAUGACUCCUAAAUAGAAACAUAAUCGUUUUAAAUUAACCUAAACAAUUAUGGUAUAGAUUCUUACUUUGCAUAUGGUUUAUGGAGUAGAUAUACUCCUUUAGGUAGAAUAUCUCUUGUUGGAUCAUUAGGAGUAUUAGAUAGUAAUUGUUUUCAUCUUCAUAAUGCAAUUGAACAAGAAACCAAAGAGUUGAAUUUAAUUGUAUAUGAUUGUCUCAACUUUGAGACCUAAACAAUUGUAAGACGAAUUCAAUUCAUUACGAUAGAUGGGAAUUGGCAUUUUUUCGAAGUAAAAUUAGAUAAUUAAAAAUAUGAAUAUGUUUGGCAUUAUUUUGAAAUCACACAGUGGCCAUAACGAAAAAGAUUUGAAUAUUUAGUAAUUCAAUAUCCACAAACAAAACUGUAUAUAAUUAAGGAGGAUAUUUUAUUUCCUUAUAAAGAAAGUAAUUUAAUGUUAACUUUUGGAGGAGGAUUAUUAAUAUAAUCAGAAAUAAUUAUUUAAAUUUUAGAAGGGAGAUCAAAAUUUUCGUUUUUUCCUGGUAAGUUUUAUUUAUAUCCAUUAUCAACUGGUACUAUGUUUAUUUCAAGAAAUGCUGCAGUAAUUGCACUUAAUGUAUUUAUGCCAAAGUAAGCAUGUGCAUGUACAUUCAAUUAAUAAUUAAGUUUAGAAAAUAAAGAAUUAUCUAAAUUGGAAACAGUUAUAUUCCCUUCAUAAAAUCCUAAUUGUAAUUCAUUUUAUUUUUAAACUUGGAUUAAAAUAACAAAUAUACAUCAAUCUCAAGAGGAAUUUUUAUAUUAAAUGAUAAAAUUAUCUGCUAGUUUUGAAGAUUCCUAAUUGAGUAAUGCAAAUUUAGCUGCCUUUUAAAUGUUCUAUAAAUUUGGUUCAUAAAACAAUUAAAUAAUUUUUACUACUUAUAGUUAUACAUUUCCUCUUGUUUCAAUUAAUUUUUAAGACAAUCCAUAUUUGAUAAGAAAAGAGUUUAUUCUUUAAAAUGAUAUCAAACUUUGGCAUUUUGUUUAAGUAGUAUUACAGAAUAAUUAAAUUCAAACAACAAUCAUUUUUUAUUAAGAAAAUUAAAAUUAAGAAUAUAAAUUUUAAUAAACAGUAAAUUAAUUUCGUGUGGUAUAAUUUAAAUUAUAAUAUGGGAAUCUAUUAAAAUUAGAUUAAGAUUACAUAUCUACAAAGUUUUUAAAUGCAAUUUUUUAAAAUUGUGUUAGCUUUUUAUUUCUUCCUGGACUAUAUUGUUUUAAUGGAUGCUCAUAAUGUGAUGGUCCUACAAGUACAGAUUGUUUAUCAUGCUCUAUAAACUCAAAACGUUAGUAUAUAGCUGAGUAAAAGUCAUGUGUAUGUCCAUAUAAUACUGUUGACGAUUAUAAUUGUUAUGAUUAUUCUGGUUAUAAUUUUAUUCUUGUAAAAGAAGAGAUAAAAAAACAGAGAUGUCUUCAAGGAUAUUUUUAAUUUGAUGAUAAUUGUAUCAAAUGGUAAUCUAAAUAUUUAUACUAGUCCAUCAAUUAUAAGUGAUACAAGUAUUACAUGUUUAGAAUGUGUGUAUUAACCUGAUACUUGGGCAAGAAAUUCUUUUUGUAAAACAACUCUAUUUAUUGAUUAAUAAGGAACAGUGUCUAAGUUUUUAUAAACUACAUAAUAAUACUAUAUUUAUGAUGGUCAUGAUUUAUAAACACGAUAUUCUUCAGAUACAUCAAUAAUCGAUAAUGAUCUUAGUGAUGAACUUGAUUUAGCUGAAAUUGAAUUUAAGAGUUUUUGUUUUCAAACAUCAUCUAUGCUUUCUAUUGAGAGAAGUUAGAAAGAAUGUUAUAAUUGCUAAUUAUAAAAUUGUUUAAUUUGUUAAAUUACUGCUUCUAAAACAAUAUGCUUGUUUUGUGAUUAUUUCUCAUCACUUUAAGAUGGAUUAUGUAUAUAAUCAGGAAUUGUUGGAAAUAUCAUCAUCAAUAAAUGUUAAUCUCCAUAUUAUUAGACUUCAACUUAUUAAUGUUAGUUAUGUAAUAUUGAAAAUUGUCUGUAUUGUUUUGAAUAUUUAAGUAAUGAUUUAACUAAAUGUACUUUAUAUAAAGAUUUCUCAUAAUUUUAUAUUGAUGAGAACCAUAAAGUGGGUUGUGCUUUAUGUAUAGAUGAUUUUAUUUUUGAUUUUGUUUUAGGUAUCUGCAAACUAGUUAAACCUAAAAUAUAAAAUUGUCAAAGAUCUUUUAUUAAUUUAGAAGGUUAAGAAAUUUGUACAUUAUCUAAAAUUGAUGAUUUUAGUGUUGCUCCUGAAAUUAUAAAUUGUUAAAAAUAUAUACCAUUUUGUAAAUAAUGUUUAUAGUCAUCUUAAAAAUUAAUUAAAUGUAUAUUAUGUGAAGAUGGUUAUACAACUUCAAUAAUAACUGGAUUAUGUUAAAUCUGCACUAUUUAAUAUGCUAAAAUAUGUAUUGAAGGUGAUCGUUCUUAAAGAGAUGGAUGGGUUUAAUUAAUUUAAAGUUUUUUAAUGUAGUUUUUACCCAAUUAAUAUUUGUAUCCAAAACCAUAUACUCGACAAUAAAUUAUAACAUAACCUUUAAAAUGUGUAGAUGGCUAUCAAUCAGAUCUAAAUAAUAAUUGUAUUAAAUAUUGUGAUACUAAUUGUUUAUAAUGUUUAAUGACUGAUCAUACACCAUAUCAAUUUUAUUGUAAUAAAUGUCCAUUAAAUUAUUAUAAAUUACCAAUACGAUCUAUUUCGUAAAGUAAAUGUAUUUAAUGUCCUUAAUUAUGUUAAGUUUGUUAAUCCAGAACAGAUUAAGAAUUAAAAGUAUUACUAUUAAAUAAUUUUAGAAUAUAAAUCCUUAUUUCCGAAUUAGUGAUCAAACACUUCCUUAUACUUUUAAAUGUCUACAAAGAGCUCCUGAUCAUAAUAUUAUAAUUGAUCCUUAUACUUAUAUUGCUAAGUAUUGUGAAAAUUCUAUUUGCACUGAUAAUAUCUAAUAUCAAGUAAUUUCUUUAAAUUAAAUUAGGUUGAUAUAAAUUGUUAAAAUUUAUAAUAGACGUUAGGCCCUAACUUUGAAACUUUUUAUUAAAAAAAUAUAAACACUGAUUAUUGCAAUAAAUUAGGCAUCUAAAUGAUAAUUAUCUUUAUGAGAAUUUAAAUUGAACCUAAUUCUUAUUGCGUUUUACCAAACUUAAUCGAUAUCUAAAAUAAUCUUAAAGAAAUAAUUUUUACUCUACAGAAAAUUAAACUUUAUAUGACUAGCUAAAAUUAAUUUGGUUUAUACAAACCUAUUGGUAUAUUUAAUUUUGAUAUUGUUGAAAUUAAUCAAAUGGUUUUUGAAAUUAGAAAACUUUCAUAUUUAACACUAGAAAAUAAUUCUAGUCAAAUUGACUUAAUUAUCAAUAACUCAAUCAUAUUUGGAGAAUUAAAUGAUAUCCAACAAUAUUCUAUAAACAUAUAAUAACCUGGAAAUUUAAUAAUAGAAAAUCUUCAGAUUAUGACUUUAAAUCUUCACAAUUCUACUCUUUUAGAUUACAUAUCAAAAAGUUCAGAAAGUUUAAUUUCUAUUUAAAAUUUAGUUAUAUACAAUUCAACAUUUACAAAUAGUGUAUUAUUUUCAUUCUUUAAUUUAAAAUAACAAAUAUAGAUUUCUGAAAUAAAGUUUUAUUUUUGCAAAUUCUAUAAUUCCACAAUAUUUUCUUUUAAUUCAAACUCUAAAAAUUCAUCAUAAAUAUAUUUUCAAAAUCUAAACUUAGAUGAAAAUAUUUUUAUUAAUUCAAGCUUAAUUUUUCUAUAGAAUUAGAUUUCAAUAUACCUAGAUAAUGUUCAGAUUACAAAUAAUUAAUUUAAAGAUUCAAUUUUACUUAAUUUAAAUUAUAAUUUAGUUAUUAAAGAAAUAUGGUUAUAUUAAAAUAUAUUUAUUUUAUCAUUAUUUACUCGUAUUACUGAAGUUGAAGGCUAAUCUAAUACUAUAAUAAUUGAUGAGUUAUCUAUUAAUUAGAAUUAAUUUUAAACUUCAUCUAUUUUAGAAACAAAAUUGUACACUAAUAAUAGUUUAACCGAUUUGUAUCUUACUAAUCUUUAAAUUAAAGACAAUAAUUAAUUAUUUGAAUCAAAAGAAUAUAUGUUUAACAUAAAUUGUCUUUAAAUAUUAAUUUAAAACUGUGUAAUUACUAAUUCAAACAAUAUAAAUCAUUUUAAUUUACUGGAAAUAUAUUAUAUUACUAUUAAGAAUAUUAUAUACUAAAAUACAAAACAAAAGCGUAAAGUGCCUCUUUCUUUUGAAUGCUUAAAUAAUUAAUUAAAAAAUUCAUAAUUGUUAUAGAUUUCAGGGUUUUAUAAACUCUUUAUUGAAAAAAUUAGAAUUUGGAAUUUAUUUAGUAUAGAUUUUUCCUUUUUACAUAUUCUUUCAAAUAUAUUUUAUUCCCCUGAUGUCAGAGAAAUAAUUGAAAUCAAAGAUGCUGAAUUUUAAGGAAAUAUUUUGCUAAAACACAAUUUAGGAAUAUUAUUUUCAUAAAUAUUAAUAUAUUCUGAAAAAUUCUAAGAAAUUACAUUUGAAAACAUUCGUUUUUUGGAAGGUUUUUUUAAUGAAUAAAUUGACGAUCCAUCUUAAUCUUCAGCAGGACUUAUAUUUAUUAAUUCGUAAAAAAGUUCUGUAAUAAUAAAUAAUUUAAUUUGCUAAUCAAAUGCAAUAACUAACUCAUCAAAUUCUUAUAUAUUUAUAAAUGCUAAUUCUGUUUAAAUAAAAACUAUAAAAAUAAAUAAUCAUAACUUUUUGAAUUAAAUAAUUUGGAAUACAUUCUAUGAGAUUCCUAUAUUUAAUGAAAGAAAUCAAGAUGAUAUAAACCAAAUUAUAAAUUAAAUAUUUACCAUUUAAAAUAAAGGAGGAGUGAUGUCAAUAACUUCUUCAAAUAUUUAUAUUGCUGAAGGUUAAUUUUCAUAGAUAUCUUCUGAUAGUAAUUCACUUUUUGAUAUUAAAACAUAAGGAUUUGGAAUUGUUCAUUUAGAAUCAUUAGAUAUUAGUUAAGCUGAAGUUGAUCUGCUUUCAACAACUGAAACAUAAGGUUGUAUUGCUAUUUAUUCAAAAAACAGUAUGUUAAAUUUAUAAAUUAAGAAUGUCACCUUUUAGAAUAUUUUUAAUAGGUUAAGUUCUUCAAUUCUAUCAAUUACACCAUCUUAAAAAUUCAAUAAAAUAGAGAUUUUAAAUGUUAAAUUAAAAAAUUGUCUUUCAUUAAUUAAUCAAUUUAUGAAAAUUGAAUUUUCUUAAUAAAAAUAAGAAUAAAAUUUAGUAUUAAUCUAAGAUUUGUUGAUAUCUUAAUCUGAUAUUGAUUGGAUAGAAUAUUUCAAAAAAAUUGAUCCAAUCAGUUAAAGUGAAUUAGAUAAAGUUAAUAUUGAUAAUGCAAUAAUUAAUUUAAAUGGAUGCUAAAUUUUUAUUACAGGAUUAAUAAUACAUGGAACAUUUAUUUCUCCAAUUUUAAAAAUUACUGAUUCUCCAAAGAUUUAGAUUCAAGAUUUUAAACUAAAUUCUAUUAAGACUUUUUAUUCUUUUAAUAUUUUAUAGUUUACUUAGACUAAAACCUAAAAAACUAUUAUGCAUCUGGAAGCAAUCUUAAUGAAAAAUAUAACAUUAUUUAAAAAAAGUAAUGAUGAAACAAUAUCUUAGAAGAUUGUGUAGAAUAAAUAUUAUAUGGAUAAUUGCACUAUUAAAAGUACUCCAAUUAACUAAAAUUAGUCAUCUAAUUCCCUUUUUUUAAUUUUAAAAUAUUUGACAUAAAAUAUAUCAUCAUCUGGAUCUUUAAUAUUUUUAUAGAGUAUUUCUAUGGAAAAUAUUAUUAAUUUUAGAUCUUUUUCUAUUAUUGAAAAUAAUUAUUUAGGAAAUAUAAAAGGAUUAAUAUAUUUUGAAUUAGCAGGAUUUUAAACUUUGAAACUUGUAGAGAUUAAUUUUAUAGAAAAUUCAAUAAAUUAAUUUGGCUGUCUGAAUUUUAUUGCUAAUAAUAAUUUAGAAAAUAGAAUUAAAUUGAUAAAUUUAAAAUUUAUUCUUAAUAAUGGCACAUAUGGUGCAGCUAUUUUUGCUAAAAAAGUAGUAAUAGAUAUUUAUAAUAAUUAUUUCAUUGAAAAUAAUGCAAGAGAAUAAGGUGGUGCAAUCUAUAUGGAGAAUUGUAACAAUAAUUUUAUGAUUAUAAAUUCAUUUAUAUUAAAAAAUAAAGCAUAAUAAGGAGGAGGAAUAUAUUUUAAUGGAUAAAAUAAAAUCAAUAAAAAUAAUAUUAAAAAUACAUUGAUUAAAUUGAAUUUGGCUGAAAAAUUGGCUGAUAAUAUUUUUGAAUUGCCAAAUCAUUUAGCUUUAUCAAUAAAUUCAAAUAUAAUGCUUUCCUCUUAGCAAAUGACAGAAAAUUUGACGACAAAUAAUUUAAAAUUAAAUUCUUAUUAAAUUAUAGAAUAAGGUUAAUUAAUAACUACAAAAUAAUUAUAUUUACCAAGUAGUUAAUAAAUUAUUAACUAUAAAAUAUUUAAUCCAUAAAAUUAAGGAUAUAUUUAAUAUAUCUAUUAAUUUUCAUUAUUCUUUUAAAAUAGUAUUAAUGAAAAAGUAUCUAAUAUUAUCAACUUUACAUGUAAUUUGUAAAUUUUCACUUAGAAUGAAAAAAAUUAAUCAAUAUCAGAUCCGAAACCAAUUGAAGUUUUACCUUAUAAUUAAGAAACAAAUACAUUUGAUUUAGAAAAAUAUUCUUUUACAUUUGAUCCUUAUUUAAAUAAUGAUCAAAAUAUUUUAGUGUAAAUAAAUUGUUCAACAGAAUAAGCAUUAAAUACUAUUAGAUAUAUUCUUACAGCAAAAACAUUAAAAUGUUAAUUGGGAGAAUUUUAUAUAAACAAUGGUUGUUAAUUAUGUCAAUCAAAUUAAGGUUUUUAUUCAGUUACUUAUAAUUCUACAAAAUGUUCGAUAUUUGAUAAGACAAAGUUUUAGAAUAUAACUUCAAAUAAGAUUUAAUUGUUAGAAGGUUUUUGGAGACCAGACCUAUUGUCUGAUUAUAGUGAACUAUGCUUCAAAUAAUAAUAAUAUUGUUUAGGAGGAUGGGAAGUAGGAAAUGAUUUAUGUUUUAGAGGACAUGUAGGUGGUUUAUGUGAAGAAUGUGAUAAUUAUAAUAUUAGAGGAGAAGGAAAUUAUUAUAAAAAUUUAUAGAAAUACAAUUGUGAAUCAUGCUCUUAUAUUACAAAUAGUGUAUUAUCAUUUAUUAUAGCUUCUUUAUGGUAAUAAUUCUAAAAAUAAAUAGGGCUAUUCUAUAAAUUCUUUUGACAUUAAAAAGUAUAGAUAGAUCAAAUCAUUUAUUUUAAUCAUUGAAAUUAAGAGCUAAAUAUAGUAAAAUUCUAUUUAAACUUAAUUAAGGUAUAAUUUUAAAAUAAAUUUAUAGAUCAUCAAAGUAUAUUAAUAAAGAUGUUUGUAAAUUUCCUUUGGAUAUUUUCUGUAAUUUUUUCUUUUAAUAUUUAAUUUUCUUUUUCUUUUGGGUUUGUAGAUUAAGCUAGUAACCCAUCUAAUUUUAUGGCAACAAGCUUAGAUUGUUAUUUAUUAGAAUUUUAAUAUAUAUAACUAAGUUACUCUAGAAUAAUAGCAAUGUUGGUACUUAUAAUACUUUAGAUGAUUACAAUAUUUUUAGGAUUCAGAAUUCUAUGUUUUAUUACAAACACUAAAUUUAAUAAUAGUGUUAUUUCAAAUACAGCGCUUUAUCUUUAUGUAUCUAAUUUUGCAGCAUUAAUUAAAUAGUAAAAAAUAUAAAAUAAAAUUUAAUUAGAUUUUCUUCAUUGUUGGCAAGAAGAUCAAUUUCAAAUAUUGAUUAUGUUUAAGGCAAUGUAUCUCUAAUGUUUGAUACUGAAUCCCAUUAAAAAUGGAUUUUUAGUUUUAUAUUACCAGGUUUAGGAUUUAUUGGUUGUUUUAUUCCUAUGUUUUUAUUUUCUUUAAUGUUUGUUAUGAGAAGAAAACUUGAUUUAAUUAAAUUUAGAAGACACAUCUGUUAUAUGUUUAAUGAAUAUGAUGAGCAUUGUUAUUUUUGGGAAUAUAUAAAAAUAUGGAAGAAGACAAUUCUUAUUAUUAUUCUUACUUACUUUGAAACUAAUAUAUUAUUAAAAGCAUCAUUAUUAGGAUUAAGUUUAUUAGUAUAUUAAUUAUUGACUGUAAAAGCCAAACCUUAUGUGAAUUAAAAACUCAAUUCUCUUGAUCUUGAAACUGGAUAAAUUUGCUCUAUUUCAAUAUUCUUAGCAGCAACAAAAUAUGUAUGCGAAUAAUAAUCUAAUUUAACUUAUUCUUAUCUUCUCUAAACUUUUAUUAUACUUUUAUGUAUCAAACUAUGUUAUCCAUUUAUCUAUGAAAUUUUUAGAGUCUACUAAAAAAAAUACAAGAAUAAUGUAUUAAGUCUUGUAUUACAAACUAUUAAAUUUUGUAAUAAUAGAUCAAAAUGGGUUUUAUAUUUGAAUAAAAAGUUAAAUGAUUCAAAAGAGAGAGAACAAUAGUUAAAGGCAAACUUUAAAAAAUUGAAAUAAUAUUUAUUUUCUAUUUCCAAAAUUUAAAGUGACAAUUAAAAGUAUUAAUAUCUUUAUAUUUAAGAUUACAUAUAUCUUUAUAAUAGCCAAAAUCAACAUUUAGAAUCUUAACUUCUAGAGAGAAUGAAAAUAUUAAAUUCAUGAAAACUGAUUAAGAAUGA